AUGGAAAAUUCUGAACUUGAAAAUCAAUUGUUAGUGUCUGUUUCAAAUGAAAACGGAAAUAAUAUACAAAAUGAAGAACUACUUCUUCCUAUUGAUGGAAUAUCAUCACCAGAAAUACAAGUGGAACUUGAAGCAGAAGCAUUAGACAACAAUGAAGGAGAAAAUCAAAGUGGAGAAGAUAAAGAGGUAGAAGACAAUGAAGAUAAGGGUGUUAUUCACAAAAAUAAAAGGAAGAAAACCUUCUUUGUCUGGCAACAUUUUAAAGAAGUGAAAUCGUCUAAUGGGGUUGUGAAGAAUCAAUGUGUUAAUUGCAAAAGAAAAUAUGCUAUAACUUACUCAAAAGCUACAAGUCAAUUGAAUAGGCAUUUGAAGAACAAUUAUCCUGGCUACAGAAAAAUGGUGUUGGCAAAACAAAAAAAAUUGAACUUCCCUCAAAGCGAUUCAGCAGGGCAUCCAAAUUUCAUUGGUCAUAUGUUAGUAACUCCUGGUAGAAAGUAUGAUCAUGCAAGACAAAGAGAAGAAACUGCACAUUGGUUAAUGAUGCACGAGCAUUCAUUCAGCAUUGUUGAAGAAUUUGGUUUUUCAUUGAUGAUGAAGUGCAAUAAUACAACUUAUGAGAAGAUUGGUAGAAAAACGUUGAAAAGUGAUUGUCUCAAAGUAUAUGAAGCUGAAAAGAAGAAGUUAAAGAACCAGAAAAUUGAGUAUAUGGUUAUCACAGGUCAUUAUAUUGAUACAAAUUGGAUACUGCAAAAACGAGUUCUUAGUUUUGUUUAUGUCCCUCCACCUCGACGUGGUGUUGAUAUUGCAGAUGCCAUUUUCAAAUGUCUUAUUGAAUGGGAUGGAUUGGAGGAAAUAGCAGGAACAAUUGAAAAUAUACGUGAGAAUGUGAAGUUUAUCAAUCAGUCUGAGGCAAGGUUGCGUACAUUCUCCGAGAUUGUUCAACAAUUGCAACUUCCUGGGAGAAAAUUGAUUCUUGACUGUCCUACACGAUAA